AUGAGAGAGGCCGCCCACGGCGCGCGCGGCGAUCAAGGGUCGCCGGUGCAGGAGCCCGCGGCGGACUGCGCCUGGGAAGCGGCCACGGGCGCCGCCGCCUCCGCGGCAGUGCCCUGGUGCAGCUGGGGGGCGCCUGCGCAGGCGGGGGGCCGCGGCAGCGGCGCCCCGGGCCUCCAGGUCGCCGAGAAGGAGCGGGAGGACACCGUGGAAGGGGCGACCCCCGCGAGCAGGAACCCCGAACUGAAGGAGAUGGCCAUGGCCCUCCGCUCGGAAGAGGGAGCGCCGAGGGGCGCUUUGGUCGCCGCCGCCGCGGAGGGGGCCCUGCUCGACGCCGCCCUCUCGGAGACGUCGGCCGCCUAUGCCCCGGAGAAGGCGCGCGCGGCGCGCGCGCAGUAUUCGGAAGACAUCGCGGGAAGGGGGGCGCAGGAGAUCGGGGCCGAGGCGAAGGCGCAUCUCCGGGAUUUGACCGGGCAGGACUGCCGCCGCAUGCUGUUCGCAGACGUUGGUUGCCCCCUCCCCAUCAUCAAUCGGGUGGCCUACGCCAUGGCCGCCUUCUUCUGGGGCGAAAGGGGCGCCGAGCGGGUCGCCGAGCGGGCGCCGGGGGCGUCGGACUUCCCGCGGGCCGACCAGGAGGAGUUCGACCCGUUCGUUCCGCAUUAUGUCGAACUCCUGCUUCACGGGGAAGUUGCCGGCCUGGCCCAGGACCUUGGCGGCGUGGAUCGACCAGGGGUGGUGUUGCUGCUGCUGCUGCUGCUGCUGCUGCUGCUCGCCCAGGGCUCCGACGCCGGCGCCACAGCGCAGGGCUGGCCGAACUACCAGGAGGCCGCGGGGAGGCACCAGCCUUCCGGCACAGGCGCAACGGCCAAGAGGCUAUUGGAAGAUUUGUUGGAGGGCCACCUGCUGGAGCAGCGGCCGAAGGCUCCCUUCGGCGCCGGUGGGUGGCAGUGA